AUGGGCCUUACUGAGAUCCCCGCGGAUAUUUUUGAGUUGACAGAACUCAAAGUGCUUUGGCUGCAUGAUAACAAUAUAUCAGAGAUACCUACAGAAAUAGGAAACUUACAAGAGCUAAACCAAAUAAGGCUGUAUAAUAAUAACAUCAAGGAAAUACCGUCGUCAAUUUCGAAUUUGCAGAAACUUUCAGUUUUAUGGAUCCAAAACAAUGAGUUGGAAGACCUACCGGAGGAGAUAGGCAACUGCACUCAGUUGUCUGUGCUGUCUCUGUCUGAAAACCGCUUGACUAAGUUGCCAUAUUCUCUUGGACAAUGCACCAUGCUUCGAGAGUUGAUGAUCGAUCAUAAUGAAUUACAAGUGCCACCAGACUGGAUACGAAACCUUCAAGCUUUAACGUAUAUGGAUGUAAGUCAUAAUUCGAUCAACAAACUUCCGGCAGAAAUAGGAGCGUGUACUGAACUGCAUCAUUUGAAUGUCUCAUUUAACAGUAAUAAGAUUUCAAAGCUGCCUCAAGAAUUGGGACUUCUGGCAGAUAUGACAGAACUAGAUGUUUCAAAUAACAGAUUGCAAGCCUUGCCGUCUGAUCUUGGGAAGUUAACAAAUCUCAACAUACUUUUGGAUGGAAACAAUUUAAUUGUUGUUUUGGAAGACAGCAUUUCUAUGCUUUCUUCCCUUCGAAAGCUCGAUCUUUCCUUCAACAUGUUAAGAGAACUACCUCCUGAAAUAAUCUUCCUAACGAAUCUGGAGGGAUUGUAUUUAGUCAACAAUCGGAUUAAGACGCUGCCUGGAGACAUCGGAAAUCUGCUCAAGAUGGUUGAAGUAAACUUGAGCGAGAAUGAAUUGGAAUAUAUUCCAGAGACUGUUGGGAAAAUGGAGGCUUUGCAAUCUUUGGUGAUUGAAGAAAACGCUUUGAACUAUUUGCCUAAUCAGAUCAACGGACUGACAAGCUUAACGAAGAUCUCUCUUGCCAACAAUGCAUUAGACAUGUUGCCUGCAGAAUCAUUCGCGAUCGGAUAUUUGUAUAAGCUCACCGAGUUGCGAUUUUCUAACAAUCAGCUAUCAUCGAUUCCAGAAAUCAUUAGCCAGCUAACUACCCUUGACAUUCUACAUCUUGCGAAGAACCAAAUUCGAAAACUUCCCUACGAGCUUGGUGUUUUGUCCAGUUUGAGAGAGUUGGAUCUGUCACUAGCAGGAAACAUGUUGCAAAUGAUUCCAUCAGGUAUUGGAAAUUUUCAGGGGUUGAAAAAGCUUUUUCUAAAUGAUAAUCAACUAGCCAUCUUGCCUCCCUCCGUUGGAGAUCUUCUUGAGUUGGAAGAGUUGCAAUUGUUCAAUAAUGAGCUCAUCGCCCUUCCUGAACGACUCGGCCAGCUCAGAAAUCUGAAACAAAUGAAUAUGUCCAACAACAAGCUGCGGGUUGUGUUGCCGGCCAUUGGCAACCUGAGCAAUCUCGAGAAACUAAACCUGUCUCACAAUCUACUGCAAGGGCUGCCACGCGAGAUAGGUCAGAUCGAGAAGUUGCUAUUCCUUUCUUUGGAGCACAACGAGCUGCAAAGCCUUCCAGUACAGCUGGGGCACUUG